CUGACAGGUUUUAUGUAUAGCCUUGCUUUUGAAGAGCUCACCAAGAAUUACUUUCUAAAAUGUGUCCAAAAGAUCCCAAUUGUGGGGGCUGUGCAAAGACGGAAGAGGAGGAAGCCACGGGCUCAGAGGAGGAUCUCGGUUCGUCUCGUGGCAGCGGCGUGUGUAAAUGGUUCAACGUCCGGAUGGGUUUCGGGUUCCUGUCGAUGACCAACCGUGAUGGGACACCGCUCGAGGAGACUGUCGAUGUAUUCGUUCAUCAGAGCAAGCUGCACAUGGAGGGCUUCCGUAGCCUGAAGGAGGGCGAGGCGGUGGAGUUUACCUUCAAGAAGUCGUCUAAAGGCCUAGAGUCUGUUACGGUGACGGGGCCAGGGGGAGCACAGUGUGUAGGCUGUGAGAAGACACCUAAGGGGCAACAGAAACGACGCUCCAAGGGGGACAGAUGCUACAACUGUGGAGGACCUGACCACCAUGCCAAAGAAUGCCAGCUACCUCCUCAGCCCAAGAAGUGCCAUUGCUGCCAGAGCAUCAGCCACAUGGUGGCCAACUGUCCAAUCAAAGCACAGCAGUCCUCUCCUGGCUCUCAUGGAAUAGCAUUAUCAUUGAGGGAUGAGAAAGAGGAGCAGAGCCAUGCCCCCUUACUCCCCAGGGAGAGCUCUGAUUGAUCCAUUCAAGGAUUCAGCCAAUCACAAGGUUUCAUUGUAAUGCUGCUGUUGGAACUACAUCAGGCUGUCUUUAUUUAUCGAACGAACAUCAAGAAAAUUGUACUUUUAUUGAUGCGAUAGUUGAGAUUGAGAGUUAGCUCUGUGUUUUAAUGCACAGAGAGACACAUCUAUCCACCUUCUUUGCAACUCAAAUACUGUUAGUAAUUCCUUUUCUUUUGUCUAUGAAGGUAUUCGUUCUGCAUUAGAUAAAGAAGUGUCUUAGCUUCACACUGAAACAAUCAAAACUCACUGUGUUUACAAACUGCAAUAAGCUUUGUAUUGUCAGUUUUUACCACUGUACCUAUGUGCACUGAUCAUUUUAUUUCCCCUGCUGCAGCUAAAUCAGAGCUAGCCUACGUGGAUUUUAUUGGGGAUGAUCGUGAGUGUUUUCCCCAAAACCUUUUGUUAGAAAAAGGUAAAGAAAAUACAAUCAUCCAAGUGAAUAUACAGAAGUAGAUUGUUUUUUGGUCAAAAAGGAGUGUGUCUUUCUGCUUAUUGAAAUCUUCAUUGGGUAUUAUAAGUCAUUGUGCAUUUCUUCGGCCAAGUGAAUGUUUUAACCCUUUCUGCUUUAUGAAUGUUGGUACACCAUGGAUGCCGAUAGGACUGUGUACAAUACAGCUUGUCAUAAGUGCCAUAGCCUGGCCAAUUGUCUCAUGGGUGGUUGGAUGUUGCCUCCUCCCAUGCAUUUCACAAAGCUUUGACUCAAGGCUAAUUGCUAGACCAGCGUUGAUUGUAUGACAGACUGUGUCUUUCUGUCUGUCCCAUAGCUUUUACUUUGGAUGUAGACAUGGCUUUCUAACAUAUUCUACAUAUUAGGGGUGUUCUCAUACCCUGCCCAAUACAUUACCUGUUUAUCAUUGUCUCGUUGUACUUGGAAACUAUUUAGAAAAAAUGUGCUUUCUUGGAUGGAGCUUUUCUUGGAUGGAGUGUUUUUUCUUCAAGGACAUAUUUUCAUGAUUGAGUGCAAUGAUAAAGGGA